CCAAUAGGAGUCCUGACACAUAUAUUUAUAAUAGAAGAGUUGCCAAAAUACAAAGUAUUCCUAAAUAGAUAUUAGGCAGAUUCCUAAAUAUCUAUUAGGUAGAUUCCUAAUUAUAUUAGUCUAUUACACCCCCUCAAACUGUGCGUGAGAUACAACGCGCAGGUUGUCUUUUAAAAAAAAUGAAAUUGCAAACUAAAAAAAAAACUCUUAGCAAAUAUAUCCGUGAGCGGAAGAUUAGAAGACACAUCUUUGACAAUAAGAUCUCCAUGAGAAUAUAUGUCUGCAGCAGCCAGCGGCGAACUCAACAGCGCGCUUGAAGCAAGCACCGUGGUCGGCGACGCAAAGAAGGUGGGCUGCGCGGACAUAGGCAGCAGCAGGCGGCGAACUCAACGGCACGCUGGAAGCAAGCACCGUGGUCAGCGACGCGGAGAAGGUGGUCUGCGCUAUAUUAGCCGCGCUCAUCUUCAAAGGAUCGAAGACUACCGUAAAUGUGGCGGCAUUCGACCCCGAGGCGGCGGCGGCUAUAAUAAGAAGGUUCAUGGGAACCGGAAAAAAAAAAAGAGAAAAAAAAAUGUGUCUAAAAACCUAAGCUCUUGAUACCAUGUGAAAUAAUGGGAAAGAGGUACUCCAAUAGGAGUCCUGACACAUAUAUUUAUAAUAGAAGAGUUGCCAAAAUACAAAGUAUUCCUAAAUAGAUAUCAGGCAGAUUCCUAAAUAUCUAUUAGGUAGAUUCCUAAUUAUAUUAGUCUAUUAGAAUUAUCAUUUUACAAGUGGCUAGAUCUACAUCCAUAAUCUAACAUCUUGUUCGUCGAUCCUGCUUCCUGUUCGUCUUCAACCCCUGCUUCUCUUUCUUCCAUUCCCAUUCACCUACCUCCAUUCAAUCCUCCAUCUUCGAACUCUUUCCCCUCCAUCUUCAGUCUUCUGCUCGCAAGCUCUGGACUCCACCAUCUGCCAAAUUACUUGGCGCAGAGACUUCGAUUCAAUUUGGUGAGAUGACAACGACGUGGCUGCUGCGGCCUGCGGUGAUGAUGACCUUGGAAAAAACGAGCACUACCCAAAUAUAUAUCUUUAAUGUUGUUAGUUUUAUAUUAUAUCAUAACAUAUUUUUUAUCAUUCUUGUUAAAUUACACAUUACAAAUUUGUAAUUAUAAGACAAUGACAUACUUGAAUAAAAAU